CUCGCUCCCUCUCCCCACGCCGGGCAGUUUCAUUCAGGCGCGGCGUGGGCAGCCCCGGGGGGUCCUCGUGGGCGGGUCCAGGCGGCGCACGCGGGGCGGGGUGCGCUCUUUCGCGCCCGGCAGCUGAGGAGGAAAGAUGGGGAAGUGCCGAGGGCUCCGCACCGCCAGAAAGCUCCGCAGCCACCGCCGCGACCAGAAGUGGCACGACAAGCAAUACAAGAAGGCUCACCUGGGCACGGCCCUGAAGGCCAAUCCCUUCGGCGGCGCCUCGCACGCCAAGGGCAUCGUCCUGGAGAAAGUUGGAGUAGAAGCUAAACAGCCCAACUCUGCCAUCAGAAAAUGUGUUCGAGUCCAGCUGAUCAAGAAUGGUAAAAAAAUAACAGCUUUUGUUCCCAACGAUGGGUGCCUAAACUUCAUUGAGGAGAACGAUGAAGUUCUGGUCGCUGGUUUUGGUCGGAAGGGUCAUGCUGUUGGUGACAUUCCUGGAGUUCGCUUCAAGGUUGUCAAAGUAGCCAAUGUUUCUCUGUUGGCUUUGUACAAGGGCAAGAAAGAGAGACCAAGAUCAUAAAUUUAGAUCAGUUUGCCAAAAAAGUCAAUAAAUUUUUUGUCUGGAAAAGCUUC